AUGCCGGGUCUUGAACUUGGGACCUCGUGCAUGCUCACCAAGGCCCCUCGCCAUAAACGAGAUAAUAAGGUGAGAGGCUGGGUUUAUGGCUCGGCCAAGCUAAACAAGGAUAGUUUAGUCAAAGAAAAGUUAACGGCGGAUCCCGACAGCGAGAUUGCAACGACAAGUUUACGCGUUUCUCUCAUGUGCCCGCUGGGCAAGAUGAAGCUGACUGUCCCUUGUCGAGCCUACACCUGCACUCACCUCCAGUGCUUUGACGCAGCCCUUUACCUUCAGAUGAACGAGAAGAAGCCAACGUGGACCUGCCCCGUUUGUGACAAGAAGGCCCCCUACGAAGCCCUGAUCAUUGACGGUUUGUUCAUGGAAAUCCUCAACUCGGUCACAGACUGCGAUGAGAUCCAGUUCAUGGAAGACGGCUCCUGGUGCCCCAUGAAGCCCAAGAAAGAAAACCAGGAGGUUUGCCAGCCAUCGGCUUACAGUGGGGUGGAAG